CUGCAUUGAUGACAUUAAUUAAUAGCUACAUUAUAUUCCUAAUUAUACUUGUAAUAUGUUUAUCAUUAAAUAUUAUUUUUCUAGUUAUUGCUAAUACUGAAGAUGAUCCUGAAGAAGAAGGACCUACUCCUCCAGCAGUACCUCAUAUUAAUAAUGACACUACUGACAGAGACAGUUUUGAUGAAAUAUACAAAACUUACGAACUAACCGACUUUGAUAGACUCCUGAGCACAUCUGUUGUAAGGACUGGAGAUAAUGUUGUGUCCCUUGAUAGUGAAGGUGGUGCUAUUCAAGGUAAUCCUUUUGUAGUGAGAGACAAAAUGAAGAAGAAAGUGGGCAGGUAAGGGAAUUAAUAAAUAAAUAAG